AAGCUCGGCUUGAUGCCUUUUUCAUCUGAGAUAGAGCUUUUAGUUUUCCCUGAGACGUUAGCAAAUAACGACAUGGCAUUACUUGUGAGCGGAAAACUUGUUCAGCUUUUAAUGCUGGCUUGGCUGGGGGCCUUGGCAACGGGAGAGAUCCAGUGCGGUCGUCUAGAUGAGAAUUUACUGUACACCACCGAUGAAAGCACAAAGCCCUCCGAGAAUCCCUGGGUGGGCAUACUGCUGGAGGAUCAGGGGAAUCAUUACGAAAAUAUGAGGUGCUCCGUUGUCAUCAUCAACGAACUUCACGUCCUCACCACCGCCUCGUGUGUUAAGGGCUUUAAUAGCCGAUCCGGAGACACUAAGGCAGUGGCCAUGCUGGGCGUUUGGAACGAGAACGACUCCCCCGAGGAGGAGCUGGUGUGCAACGACAAGGACUUCUGUGUGCCGGGUCCCGAGCUGUACAAAGUAGUCGACAUCAAGGUGCAUCCGCAAAGGGACAGGGAUACGGGGGACAACGACUUGGCCAUUCUGCGCCUGGAAAAGGCCAUCGAGUGGACCCACUGGAUCCAGCCGAUCUGCUUGGAGGGCAGCUCGGAACCGGAGACGCUGACCAACCGAAACCUUCACUACUCCGGCUUCAACCACGGCGACUAUAGCCGCGGCAAGGGUCUGGCCAUGACGGUGUCCACACCAAAGUGCAAGAAACUGACUUCCUCCACCGUAUUCUUCCCUGUUAACCAGAUGUGCGCCUAUCCCGUAAAACGCACCAAGUUCUAUCCGGGUGCCCCGCUAAUGGACAUCGAUGUGCGGGAUGAAAAGCCGCACAACUUCUAUCUGGUGGCGAUUCUAGUUCGGAAUAUAGAUACAGAUGCUACCACACAGGUGUACCAGAGUGUGCGACGUGCCCGCUCCUGGUUAUUGGAGAACACGAAAUAGGAGAUUCACUGCAUUUCAAAAAACUUGUUUUGAGAAUAAAUAAAAGUUAUUAAUUAAAUACAGA